UUUGAAGCGGGCGGCGGGCGGGCACCUCUAUGGCCGCGCAGGUCAGCCGCGAGCAGCAGGGCAUCACCCUGCGGGGCAGCGCCGAGAUCGUCGCCGAGUUCUUCUCCUAUGGCAUCAACAGCAUCCUGUACCAGCGGGGCAUCUACCCCCCCGAGACCUUCACCCGCGUCCAGAAGUACGGGCUUACCCUGCUCGUCACCACCGACCCCGAGCUGAAGAACUACCUCAACAACGUGGUGGAACAGAUGAAAGAGUGGCUCUACAAGUGCACCGUGCAACGCCUGGUGGUGGUCAUCUCCAGCAUAGAGAACAACGAGGUGCUGGAGCGGUGGCAGUUCGACAUUGAAUGUGACAAGAACGCCAAGGGUGAGAGUGCACCCCGAGAAAAAUCUCAGAAAGCCAUUCAGGAUGAAAUUCGAUCAGUUAUCAGACAAAUCACUGCCACAGUAACUUUUCUGCCUCUCCUGGAAACUGCCUGUGCCUUCGACUUGCUGAUUUACACAGAUAAAGACUUGGUAGUGCCAGAAAAGUGGGAAGAGUCAGGACCACAAUUCAUUGCCAAUUCAGAAGAGGUUCGCCUUCGUUCCUUCACUACCACGAUCCACAAAGUAAACAGUAUGGUGGCUUACAAAAAGGAUUCUUUUCCCUAAAACGGCUUCUUGUACAUAUCCUGCCCUCUUGUAUAGUUUCUGUUCAUAGUGCAGCUAUGUUGUGAACACACAAUUGCUCUUGCUGAAGUAUGGUACAGCAUGUGCCUGAUAAUGUGGAUAUGCUGUCCUGCAUCAGUGCAUGUCUUGUCCUUCUUCAGCACCUGCCCAGCGUUUUCUAUGUCUGUAUUCUUAUUUUAUGGAAUAAAACUUGAA